AUUGGUCAGGGUUGUUGCCCUUUGUGAUUUGGAGGGCACCUGCCAGAAAAUUAAGAUGUAGCACGUUUCUGCUUUAUUGAUACAUAUUAUUCAUUUUGGUCAAUGGGCGUUUUCAACGAAAGAAAGAGAAAGGGACACUUAUGAUGAUGGUGGGGAUUGUGUUGCAUCGUCUCACAUGACAUGGUAGGCUUCAACCCAGCCCAGACUACUCCAUUGUCUGCAACACAGUACGCUAUUGCUGGAGCUGUGAGUGGAGCCAUCACUAGGGCAGUGUGUCAGCCUCUCGAUGUGCUGAAGAUAAGAUUCCAGUUACAAAUUGACCCGAUUGUAAAGUCUGAUGUUUCUAAAUACUGGGGUAUCCGCCAAGCAGCCAACAGUAUCUGGCAUGAAGAAGGUUGGAGAGCGUUCUGGAAGGGACACGUUCCUGCACAGGGCUUGUCUAUUGCCUACGGCAUCUCACAGUAUGCUUCCUUUGAGGUGUUCACCCGCCUCGUGUGGGAACACAUGCCAGAGCACUUGACACGAGAGUAUCGACCUUUGACCCACCUGGUGUGUGGGAGCCUGGCAGGAUGUACAUCAACUCUCGCUGUGCAGCCGAUGGAUGUCUUGAGGACAAGAUUUGUAGCGCAGGGGGAACCCAAGAUCUACAGGAGUCUGGGUGACGCUUGCGUGUCUAUAUGGCGUCAGGAGGGUGUCGUGGGGUUUUACCGUGGUUUGAUACCAGCCAUGACUCAGAUCGGGCCACAGAUGGGGCUACAGUUUGGCCUGUAUUCUCUGUGUACCUCCAUCUGGGAUGUCACCAAGUCUGAGGACAGUGUUCUCCCAGCUGCUGUCCCAAGCUUGGUGUGUGGAUCGGGGUCAGGUCUGCUAGCCAAGCUGAUAAUCUACCCUUUAGAUGUCAUCAAGAAACGCCUUCAAGUUCAAGGAUUUGAGAAAGCCCGAGAAUCGUUUGGCACUUUCCACCAAUACAAAGGUUUCACUGACUGUCUGGUGAAGUUGUUGGCAGCUGAGGGAGCCCGGGGACUGUACAAGGGAUUGGGUCCCAGUCUGAUCAAGGCAGCAGUGGUAGCUGGCUGUAACUUCUGUGUGUAUGAUCAAGUAGUGUACACCAUGUCCAGAUAACACAGGGUUUAGUGUAUAGUACAACCCCCUUACCCUGUACCCCGGUAGUCUGGAAACAUUGGUUAUUGGGACCAUUCUGUGUUUUGUGCAGGACCCACUUGAUCAAUGAUUUUUCCAAAUAUGUUUUGGUUGGGUCUUCAGCAUGUUUAGUAAUCUCCUUUACUAACUGGGGCAUGCAAUAAGCUCCAUAACAUGCCAAGUGUCUGCUGAUGUAUUGUAUUCUGACUACAGUGUAACCCUCUUAAUCUGGUCUCUGUAUUUUAACACUGCUACUGGAUGUUUGCUGUACAGAACGUCAACACAUAUAUGUCACUAACUUGAUAACCUACACCGAAACGUCGCUCCUAAUCGUAAUAAAGACGUUCAUCUAUAUAUCUUAUCUGUACUUAGUACUCCAACUUCUAAGCGCCUCUCAAAAGAAAAUAUACAUUGUACAAAGGACAUUAUUCCAACAAUUGUUUGGUUAUCUGGAGAUUUAUUAAUUGGCAUGAUUCCACUUUGAAUGGUACUAUCCAUAUUAACAGUGUUUCACUGUAGCAAGGUAUAUGCGCAAUGGCCUUACUGAAGAGAUGUGUACUGUGUCAGUAUGUUACAGUCCCGGUGGUGUAUGACAUAAUUCUUGUUGUUAAACUAGUGGUAGAGUGUCCGCCCGGAGAGCGGAAGGUCCGGGGUUCCAUCCCCGACUGCGUCAUACGAAAAGACGUUAAAAGAUGGUACUUGUUGUUACCCUGUCUGGCGCUCGGCAUUAAGGGGCU